AUGACUACAUCAGAGCCCCAAAUCUUCACUAGAAAAGAGUUUGAAAAGAUCAACCAGGCUGUAAAGGAUGGCGAUUCAGACGCCAAAAAGUACAUUGUCAUUGAUAAUAAGCUGUACGAUGUAACAGAAUUCGUCGAGGACCAUCCUGGUGGAGCCGCUGUCCUUUUGACUCAUGUGGGAAAAGAUGCAUCAGAUGUCUUCCACGCUAUGCAUCCUGAUUCAGCCUACGAAGUAUUGGCCAAUUACUAUGCCGGCGAUCUGGAACCUGAUACCAAGCCUGUCGAUAAAAAGUCUGAAAACUCUGCCAAUUUUGCCACUGAAAUGCGUGAUCUCCGUGAUAAACUUAGAAAGGAAGGUUAUUUCCAUUCCAGUAAGCUCUUUUACGCAUACAAGGUUUUGUCUACAUUGGGUCUUUGUGCAGCUGGUCUUGCUCUUUUGUACGCCUAUGGUCGCACAUCUACAUUGGCUGUUGUUGCCUCUGCCUUUAUUGUUGGUAUUUUUUGGCAGCAAUGUGGUUGGUUGGCUCACGAUUUUGGUCAUCAUCAAUGCUUUGAGGACCGUUCCAUCAAUGAUGUCUUGGUCAUUUUCCUUGGUAACUUUUGUCAGGGUUUCUCCUUGUCAUGGUGGAAGAACAAGCACAACACCCAUCAUGCCAGCACCAACGUUCAUGGCCAAGAUCCCGAUAUCGAUACCGCACCAGUUUUGUUGUGGGAUGAAUAUGCAUCAGCCGCCUACUAUGGAUCAUUAGAUGAAGAGCCCACCAUGUUAUCCCGUUUCAUUGCCGAGAGUGUCUUGCCUUAUCAAACACGUUAUUACUUCUUUGUGCUUGGCUUCGCUCGUUUCUCUUGGGCAUUGCAAUCUCUUAUCUACUCAUUCAACCAGGGUGCUAUCAACAAAUCCGCUAAACUCAACCUCUAUGAGCGUGCCUGUUUGAUCUCUCAUUGGAUCAUCUUCACCUACUGCACAAUUGCAUGGAACAGCAGUUUCUACAACAUGGUUCUCUUCUUCCUGGUAAGUCAAGCUACUACCGGCUACACUUUGGCUCUGGUAUUCGCUUUGAACCACAACGGUAUGCCAGUGAUCAGCGAGGAAAAGGCCGAAACUAUGGAGUUCUUUGAGAUCCAAGUAGUGACAGGUCGUGAUGUUACUCUCACUCCUUUGGGUGAUUGGUUUAUGGGCGGUUUGAAUUAUCAAAUUGAACACCAUGUCUUCCCUAACAUGCCUCGCCAUAAUCUUCCCAAGGUCAAGCCCAUGGUCAAGGCUCUCUGUCAAAAGUAUGACAUUUACUACCAUGACACUGGUUUCUGGAAGGGCACAAUGGAAGUAUUAAAGACGCUAGAUGUUGCUUCCAACAUGUCAUUACAAUUAAGUAAGAAGGCUUUUUAA